AUGCUGCGGCUGUUGAACUUGCAGGGCUGGGCCAGCACAGCGGCGGUUGCGGGUGGGGGGGGGGACAGCGAGGAGUCAGGGGAGAGUGGGGGGGUGGCGCCCAGGACGCCGAGCGAGCUGGACAAGAUGAGGGCGGAGCUAGAGGCGCUGCAAGCGGAGCUGGAUGAGACGCGGAGUAAAGCCAAUGCUGCGCGCGACCGGUUCAUGCGCCUGACCGACGCUGUGGAGAAAAAGCGUGGUGCAGCAGAGAAAGCGGUGCGGGCGGGGGACGAGGCAGGGGCAAGGCGGCUCCUGGAGGAGAAAGCAUCUGUGCUGCAGGCACUGGAUAAGUCGCAGCAGCGGGCAGAGGUGCUGCAGGCGCUCGCAACCCAGCUGGGGAAGGUGAUCUCGCGUAAGGAGGCCCUGUACAUAGCGGCCCUCUCCUCAGUCAAGCGGGCCGCAGACCAGCCCGCCACGCCAGCCCCUCCAAAAGUGACGAUUGUGCAGCCAUUGCCAGCUCCCCCCGCCUCGCUCGAGAAAGAGGAGGCUGCAGCGCAGGACGUCGCUAGCCUGGUGGAGGAGAGCACGGAUGCAGAGGAUUUGGACACCAGGUUUUUGGACAUGGAGCGGACGACGCUGGAGCGUAUGUACACACAAAGCCCCGCCGCCACGGCAGACAGGGGAUCCCCGGGCGAGCCCAGUACGUCCUCUUCUCCGCCAAACCCCGACCUGCGGCCCACAGCAGAUUUGUAUCGCCAAGAGGUCCGGCGGCAGAUCGCUGAAGUGGAGCUCAAAUUGGCGGUGCUCGAGUCGGACCGGGUUGAGAAACUGGAGGGCCGGGAUCCUGCGACGGAACGAAGCGCAGCUGGGGGGUCGCUCCAAGAGAUCGAUGAGAGAAUUGCAAAGGCAAGGGAGGUACUGGCGCAGCUGCGGCAGGUGGAGUGGAAAAUACAGGACGGGGCAUUUGAGAUGAGCUACGAGCACGACGCCGCCGGCAAGCGAGCCCCCUGGCCCGAAAUCCGGGCGCAAGAGGAGCCCCCUGCCGCGAAACAGGAGGAGAAGCAAGUUGUUCGCACGCCCUCAAAGAAAGUGCUCCGAGCACUCGACUUCGUCCGGCAAAACGACCAGGCGGGCGCCGCAAAGGUCCUGCAGCAGUGGCUCGCAGAAGCGCCUCCCGAGGGCUGGACCUGGGACCGCCUGGCAGGCGAUUCCCGGUCGGAGAGCAUCACCGAUGGGGAACGGGCAAAUCUCUACAGCGCGUAUGUGAAGCACGUGGUAGUGCCGGAGGCAAUUACGGAACCUGCCGCUCCCGGCAGCACCGCCGCGUACUUGGGCGCCGCCGCCUCCCGCCUCCUCGACCCCGCCCCCUCUAGUUCCCCCCCGGGGCCCCACCCCCACCUCCAAACCCUCCAGGCCUUCCUCGAACUCCCCUCCUCCGCACGCGACGCCGCCCACCAAAGCGCCUUCCGGGACGUGCUGACGUCAGCGGCGCUCGAGAGCGAGGAUUGGGGGAUCCCCCGCUUCGAGCGGCUGCGGGCGGAGCUGAUGCUGGCCGGCCACGUGGCAGAGGAGGCGCAGCAAAGGGCGGAGGCGGUGGGGUCGUACCGGCGGCUCGUGAGCAGAGUGCUGGCGGAUUUGCGGGAGUCGAGAGGGGGCCCGUCGGGGCGGAGCGUGGACUGGGCUCUCACUUCAGAGCAACGGCGGGAGCUGGCUGACUGGCGGUUCCAGCUGGGUCUGGCCCCCCCCUCGGCGCGCUCUGCGGCAGCCGCAGCCUGCCGGGGAGUGCUCCAGGAGAUGCUGCAAAAGGCGCUCGAGGCGCAGCGGCGGAGCGGGGGGCUCGUCACCCCCGUGGCUGCGGAGCUCGACAACAUGGUGCGUUUCGCGCGGGAGGCAGCCCUUCCUGCCCUGGACAUCGCGUCCGCACCGGGGGAGAGCUUGUCCGAAAGUGUUGUUGGGGCGUCCGGAACUGAGCCUGGGGCAACGGAAAGCGUACCUCGGCCGUCCGAAAGGGUACCGAGUACGUCUAGAAGUGUUAUGGAAGUGCCGCAAAGCGCACCCGGGGCGUCCGGAAGGGCGCUCGUGGCGCCAUCGACGGUGUCCGAGAGAGUGCCGGACGUUGCGCCGGACAGUACCCGAGCUUCCGUGCGGGACCUGCGGUUGCUGGUGUUUGGCGGGGGCGCCGAGACGCUGCUGAGCGCGUUCUUGGAAAACGCGUGUAAGCAGCGAGCGGCCCGGGUGCUGGAUUUGGACGGUCGGGAAGGAGAAUCGGACGGUGAGGGACGGGCGGCGGUGGAGCAAGAGGAGGCGACCAGCCGGGACGUGCUGGCCGGGCUGCUGGGAGUCGCAGCGCCGGUCACUGGUGCCCUCCAACGGUCUGCCGCCGCGUCCACGUACGCCGAGCUCUCCAAGAAGGCCAUGGCGGACGCUUACGUCACCAGCGAGUCACGGCGCCAGCUGGACCGAGCGCGCGCAGCGCUCGGCCUGGGGGCUCCCGAAGCGCAGCGGAUCGAGCAGGACGCGGCCGCGGUGCGCAUUGGCGCGGCAGCCAAGAAGCUUUUGGACAAAAGGGCCCGGGGCCGCGACGUGACGUCAGCGGACGUGCGGCUGCUCGCGAGCAUGUGCGAGAACCUGGGCGUGGUCCGCGUGGCGCAGGUCGACAGCCGCGACGCGCUCGUGCUGUACCGGCGCGCGGCGCAGACAGUGCUGGAGGAGGGCAGCGCGCGCGCAGUGAACCCAGGGCAACUGGUGCUGGAGGGCCGAGCUUUGCUGCACCGCCUCUCGACGGCGUUCGGCAUUGCCGAUUCGGACGUCCGGGAGACGCUGACGUCCGUCAUGGACGCGGCGGCGAAGGCGGCGCUGGUGCAGGCGCGCGCGUCACUACGGAGGGACGACCCCAGUUUUGCGGCCGAUGACGUCACGCGGCUUGCGGUCGCGCUCGCGUACAGGCCCGAGGCUGACGUGGCCAAAAGCGCCCUCCCGGAGGCCGAGGCACGUAACCUGUACAGCCUGUACAGCAGCCGGCACGGCAAGGCCCAAUACAUGGGUGCCGCGCCGCCGGCCCUCACUGCGCUCCAAGAGGAGAUGCUGCGGCGCGUGGCGAAAUACUUGGGUUUGUUGUAGCACGCGGCUUGCUGUGCGACCGGAAGCCGUAACGACUUGUGUAAUGUAGUGAAGUGUACAGACGUGCAAGAGACCCCUGGUUUAAACCAGCCGAUCAGGGGUCCGCUACUUUGCAGCGGGCAUGCUUAUUGAUGUCUGGAGGCGGGUCCGUCAG